ACACACACACACGCACUGUCUCUCCCUCCCCAGUAUAUAUAUAACAAACACAAUAUCUGACCUGAACCCAACACAAAUCAAAUCUCAAAAAACCAGUCCCACUUCAAGAUUUCUUUACAUUUCCACUCUCAAAGUAAUUCACCAAAACCUAAAAUAUGAGUUCAACAAGCAGAGCUUGGAUUGUGGCAACAAGUAUUGGAGUUGUAGAGGCUUUGAAAGAUCAAGGCGUUUGUAGAUGGAAUUCUGCUUUGAGAUCAAUUCAACAUCAUGCAAAGACCAAUAUCAGAUCUUAUUCACAAGCCCAGAAAAUCCCAAGUUCUCAUUAUUCAUCUGCAGUGGCUAAGAAGUUGAAAGAUGAGAAAUUGAAGCAAUCUGAGGAGUCUCUUAGAACAGUCAUGUAUUUGAGCUGUUGGGGUCCCAAUAAUUGA